AUAACUUGAUCAUCCUCAAGUUUCUAAAUUUUCCCCAGCCUCCAUUGGGAGGCGCUUUUUCUGUGACCCGAGAAAGAAAAAGUAAACAAAACGUAGAUUUCAAAGGGGUUUUUCCCUUUUCCUUUUUUUCUUUUUUUAUUUUUUGUUUCUGAAGUGUGGCAAUGGCGAUUUCAGGAAAGUCUUGCCACACCCUCCUGCUUGUAUGCUUAGCCGUGAUCUCAUGUUGUGAGGGAAAAGAGCCAGUGCCUGCAGGGCCUGAUACUUUCCGCGGUGCCCGUUUGGGCGGUCAUGAUAAGGCCACUCCUAAUGAGAAAGUCUUUAACGUAUUAGAACAUGGUGCCAAACCUAAUGGAAGAUCAGAUAACACAGAGGCCUUCAUGCAGACAUGGGUUGCUGCAUGCAAAUACAAUGGGAAUGUCAGAGUUUUAAUCCCACCAGGAGUUUUCAAGCUCGGGCCGGUCACAUUUGCAGGGCCAUGCAAUGCAAAACUCAUAGUUGUACAAGUAGCUGGAACUGUAAAAGCCGAUUCAGAUAUUUCCUUGUAUGAGUCCCCUGAAUGGUUCUCAUUUGAAGACAUUGACAACAUUGUAGUCACCGGUAGAGGUACCUUUGAUGGUCAAGGCAAUGAAGCCUGGCAAUACAAUGACUGUAAGACUAACAGUGACUGCGCUCAACUUCCAUGCACAAUAAAAUUCAACAAGGUGUCAAAUGGAGUUUUGAUGGGAUUCACUUCCUUGAAUAGCCAAGGUUUUCACAUUUCAAUCAGCCAAUGCCAGAAUAUUAGGGUGCGUCACAUAAAAAUUAUUGCCCCUGGAACAAGCCCCAAUACUGAUGGAAUUCAUAUAAGCAACUCCAAUAACGUAAAGAUCUCCAAAUCAAAUAUUGCCACCGGAGAUGAUUGCAUUGGAAUGAUUAAAGGAUCAACAAACAUCGCCAUCAAUAAAGUCCAUUGUGGCCCUGGACAUGGCAUUAGUGUUGGUAGCCUUGGACAUUACGAAAACGAGGAAGACGUUUUUGGUAUCACAGUGAAAAACUGCACAUUUACAAGGACAGAUAAUGGGAUCAGGAUCAAGUCAUGGCCAGCAGGAACAACACCAAGCAAAGCUACAGGAAUGAUAUUCAAGGAUCUCAUCAUGAGAGAAGUUGGCAACCCCAUCAUCAUUGACCAAUUGUACUGCGCAAAUGGAGAUGGUUGUGGUGGAAAGAGGCCUUCAGUUGUGAAGAUCAGCAACAUCCAUUACAUUAACAUUAAGGGAACAACAAACUCACCGACUCCGGUUAGCUUCCAGUGCAGCCCAAAGUAUCCAUGUGAUAAUAUUCAACUCUUUAACAUUGAUUUGAAAAGCUCAAGCCCAAAACCCAUCUCUGUAUGUACAAAUGCAAAAGCUGGUUAUGCUGGAAUACAAAACCCACCUCCAGCUUGCCAUUAGAUUCUUUUAUACAUAGUCGGGAAAAAAAAAAAAAAAGUGCCGGGGGGGGGG